AUGGCUUCAUCUCCUGGUUUAAAUUUUCUUAUUGCUAAAUAUCUUCGUGGAUUACCAAAUUCAAAUGUUGCUAAUGAUUUUAUACAAACACUUGAACAAAAUAAUCUUUUGCCGUCUACACGCAAUUGGAAUGGCGUUGAACGUCAAAUAUCCUUUUCCGAAUUAGAACAACAAUAUUCCUAUAUUCCUGAUGAUCAUUUAUUUCGUUUAUUAGAAAAUGUUAUGUCCUAUGUUGAACAAGGUAUUGGAAAACGUUUUGGUUCACUAUCAACAUUUCUUCUUCAAAUGGAUCCAACUUGUUUUCUUGAAAAUAAACAAAAAAAAUCAUAUAAUCGUAAAUAUAAUAUGUUUACAACAGCAUAUCAUCCAUGUAAAUAUUUAUCAAAUCCAACAAAUCGUAAUAUACAAAUAAUUUUACGUGAACGAGAAUAUUUUGGUCGAACAUUAUCUGUUAAACAAUUACCAUCGAGUGAUUUAUAUCAACGAAUGAAUAUGAGAUUGAAAGUUAUUGCACAUAAAGCAUCAAUUUAUUGUAUUGCUUUUGAUCGUACAGGAACUUAUGCAUUAUCAGGUGCUGAUGAUUUUCUUCUUAAAAUGUGGCAUGUACAUACAGGUCGUUUAUUAGCAACAUUUCGUGGUCAUUCAAAAGAAAUUUGUGAUAUUGAUAUUAAUUUUGAAAAUACACUUGUUGCUAGUGCAAGUCUUGAUAAAAAAGUACGAGUUUGGAAUUUAAAAACAACUAAAAUGGAAUGUGUUUUACAUGGACAUCAAAGUGGAAUUAAUGCAACAAAAUUUUCACCAUUUUGUAAAACAGAUGAUCGAUGGUUAGCAUCAGUUGGACAUGAUGGAAGUAUUUGUUUUUGGAAAUAUCGUAUUGGAACAACGGAUUUCGAACCUCGACCAAUCAAAUUUGUUGAAAAAAGUCGUGCUGGAGCACAAAUGCUUUGUUUAUCAUUUAGUCCAGGUGGUUAUUUUGUAGCUGCUGGUAGUAGUGAUUCUGUUAUUCGAGUUUAUUCAUUUCAUACUUAUUCACCGUUAAAAAUUUGUGAACUUGAUCGACAUACAAGUGUUGUUGAAACAAUAUGUUAUUCACAUUUAACUAAUUCAUUUAUUUCUGGUAGUAAAGAUGGUACAGCUCGUAUUUGGCGUUAUGAACAACAAUCAUGGAGAGCUAUUGUUCUUAAUUAUUAUGAUGAUGUAGAAAAAAAUAAUGAUUCAAAUAAUCAUUCAACAAGCAUAAGUAAUAAAGUAAUACCUGUAACAAUUGUUUCAUGGUCAUGUACUGAUCGACAUGUUGCUACUGCAUAUGAGAAUGGUCUUAUUAAAGUUUGGGAACCAAAUCAAGGAACAUUACUUAAUGAACUUAAAAAACAUGAAAAAACCGUUUUUGUACUUGAAUGUCAUCCAACAAAUGAACGUCUAUUAUGUUCUGCAGGACAUGAUGGACUAUUAGUUAUUUGGGAUAUGAUGGAUGGUCGAGUCAUCAAAUCUUUUCUUAACGAUCAAUAUAUUGAUAUUCCAUGUUCAAUACCAUAUUCUGAAGCAAAAUGGUCUCCUCAUUGUGAUGUUAUAUGUACAACAGAUCUUUGUGGUCAAAUAUGUUUUUUUGGUCUUGGUACUGAUACAAGAUAUAAUCAAACUCAAAUUGAACAAUUUUUUCAUAAUGAUUUACGUCCAUUAAUUCGUGAUAGUAAUGAUAAUGUACUUGAUGAACAACAACAAAUUCCACCACAUUUAUUACCACCACCAUAUCUUAUUGAUGAUCAUGGUCAUGCUUAUUCAUAUGAUAUACAAAAACAUGUACCAGGAAGAGAAAAUUAUUCACAAAAUGAUAAUACAGCUACGGUUGUUAAUCAUGAAUAUUUAGAAGAUCUUAUUAUUGCUGAACCAAUGACAACUCCAGCAAUGACAAGUACAUUUAUGGCAAGAAAAUUUGAAACAAUUGAUAUAUCAACAUUUAGAUUAAAUAUCGAGAAAAAACAAACAUUUGUUUAUCAUAGAAAUUUAAUACCAUCAUUGAAUGAAUCUGAACUAGAAUAUAGCGAAAGUAUUCGAGAUGCUAGAUAUGAUGAUGAACGAAUUACUUAUGAAAGAGAAUAUUUGAAAAAAGCUGAUCAUAGAGAUUUGUAUGAUUCAUCACCAAUAAAAAAACGUACAACACGUAAUGUUGUUAAAAUGCGUCAAGAAGAACUUCUUAAAAAAGUUCCACAUAAUGUUGAAGUUGCAAUUAAUCGUUUAACAACUCGAGCAUUAUAUGAUUCUGAUAAAGAAGAUAAAACUGAUCUAUCCGAUGAUCAAUAUUCACCAAAUGCAACUGUACCAGUUGGUGAUAGUGAAAUGAGUGGUGGUGGUGAUGAUGAUAGUGUAUCAACAGAUGAAGAUCUUGUUGUUACAACAACAACACGAACAACUGGUAUAGUAACACGUACAGGACAACAAAGACGUGUACAAAGACAUCGAAAUUUAUCACCAGAUGAAGAUGAUGAUGAUAAUGAUAAACAUGAACAUGAAAAUCGUCAAGUACAAGAAGCUAAAACACAACAUCGUCGACGAAAUAAAUUAAAACGUUUAAAAAAACGACGUGAACAAGUUAAAACAAAAAAAGAAGAAUUUGAAAAUAAACAUGAACUUGAAUUAAAUUAUUCACCAGAUUUUAAACCACCAGAUUGGUUAACACGUACAAUGGCAAAAUGUUCACCAUAUAUACCACAAAUUGGUGAUAUUGUUAUGUAUUUUAUACAAGGUCAUGAAUUAUAUAUUAAUGAAGUUAAAGAUAAAAAAAUGUAUGAAAUUGAUGAAAAAACUUUACCAUGGAAUAAAUGUGAAUCACUUGAUGCUGUUGAAUGUGCUACAGUAAUUGGUGUAUCUAUAAGUUUUUCUGAUAAACAACCACCGCGUGUUAUUAAUGUUCGACUUCAAUUAUUAAAUCCUGAUACACUGGAAGCUACAUCACGAAGAAUAAGUGUUAAAUUUCAUGAUGUUGAUGGUAUUGCUGAUUUUAUUAUUUUAAAACAACAUUAUGUUCAAGCUUUACAACGAGAAUGGAAAACUGGUGAUCAUUUUCGAUGUUUUAUUGAUGAUACUUGGUGGCCAGGAACAAUUGUUAAACGUGAAGCAUUUGAUAUUCGUCAUGAAAAUAGUCCUUUUCAAUGUUAUAUUAUUCGAUGGGAUAAUGGUGAAAAUGAAGAAAGACUGAGUCCAUGGGAUAUUUUCGAAUGUGAAGAUUCGCCUUGUGAAUCAAAUGAAUCAAAUCUAAUGAAAAUGCCAUCUUAUCAACCAGCAACAGAUGAAUGGCCAUUACACGGUGUUGAUAAUGAACGUGAGCGUUUAUUAAAAGGAAUUGAUACACUCAUGCAAAUGGAUGUAACUGAACAAUUUCGAGCACCGGUUCAACUUGCUUGGUAUCCAGUUGUUAUUGCUUAUCCAAUUGAUCUUGGUACAAUUCGAGAACGUAUAUUCAAUGGUUAUUAUCGUCGAUCAAAUGCACUUAAAUGGGAUGUAAAAAAAAUGGAAGAAAAUGCAAAAAAUUUCAAUGAAAAAGGAAGUCAAAUAAUCGAACAAGUUAAAAUUGUCACCAAAGUUUUACUUAAAUAUAUCGAUGAUUAUAAUUGUAAUGAUAUAAAUCUAAUCUAUCAACGUGCAUUACAUUCAGAACAAAUUUCAUUACCUAUUUCAUCAUCAUGGAAUGAAGAAUGGCUUGAUGAUUGUCAAACAAUACUUAAUGAUAUAUUAUCUCAAUCGGGAAGUGAUUUAUUACGUCAUCCAAUUGAUGAAAAUGAAUAUCCCGAUUAUGAAAGAAUAAUAAAAACACCUAUUUGUUUUGAUGAUAUACAAGCAAAACUUAAUCAAACACCUUGUGGAUAUAAACAUUCAAGAGAAUUUAUUGCUGAUUGUCAUUUAAUAUUUCAAAAUGCAUUAACAUAUGCUGAUCCCGAGAUGAUUAAUGUUGUGAGACAUUUGGGACCAUGGUUUGAUCAACGUGUUGCUAUAUUCGAUCGUCGACAACGUCGAUCGAAUCAUCAAUAUACUACCGAAAUGACAACUCGACGACGAGAUUUACAAAAUUCAUCAACGGAUGAAAAUAAUGUUUAUACAACAGGUGAUGCACCACUAGCAGCAGCAACAACAACAACAACAACAACAACAACAACGACAACAAGCUCAAGUAGUCGACAAAAUCGACGAACACAAUUUUCUCCAACAACUUUAACAACUGAUCGUCGUCAUUCUCAUUUUAAUCGUUUAUCAUCAUUAAAUAAUCAUUCAGUAAUAUCACAACAACAAAAUUCUGAUGAUGAUGAUAUGGAUGAUAAUGAAUCAGUAUCAACACAAAGUACUCAACCUAUAUCGUUAACAUCAUUUAUUCAUACAACAACAACAACAACAACAAAUGAUCAUAAUACCGGUGCAAAUUUAUCAUUACGUCAAACACGACAACGUAUGACUACGAAUGAAAAUAAUAGUACAUGGCAAACACGAACACGAUAUAGUACAAGAUCAACAGCUUCAAAUAGAAAUCAUAGUGAUGAUUAUGAUAGUCGUUCACAACAACAACAAAAUUUAUCAGCAUCUGAUGAUGAUAAUGAUAUAUCAUCGAAUAGUAAAAGAAAUCGUAUUGAACGUAGUGAUAGAAGAAUAACUUCAAUUAAUCGACCUAAUUAUAAAAUUGACAGUGAUGAACAUGAAGAUGAAGAUGAUGAUGAUGAUGAUGAUGAUAAUAAUAAUCAACAAAAAACAACUAAAACAAAUAUAACGAAUGAUAAUCAAGAAGAUAUCGAACAAACGAAAAAAGAUAAUGAUAAAUCGAAAGAGAAAACUGAUGAUGAAGAUUAUGAACCACCAAUAUAUCGUGAUGAUGAAGAUGAAGAUGAAGAUCAUAAUGAUUUAAUAUCUCCACGUCAAAAAGAUGAUGAUGAUUCCGAUUCGGAUUAUCAAUUGGAUGGGCCAAGUCAACAUCGUCGUACAAAUAUAAAUGGUAAUCGAGUACGUAAAUUACGUAGUACAACAAAUCGUCCAUCACCACCAUUACCAAAUCAAAAUAAUAAACGAAAACGCUCAACUAUUCGUACACGUUCAUCGUCCGAAACUGAUUCGACAGAUUUACAUGUAAAUAUAACAUAUAAAACUCGAACUCGUACACGACGACGUGUAACAGUAAAUCGAAAAUCUUCAUUUGCUGAAGAUUUUUCUGAUGAAGAACAUGAUGAAGAAGAUGAAAAUCGUCGACGACCACGUACUACUCAACCAACACGAGUAUCAAAACGUGGUCGUGUACUUAAACAACGUUUAUUAAGUGAAUAA